AUGGAGUUCAAGCAUCUGGUGGAGGCGGCCGAGAAGUGGUGCUCGGGGAACCCGUUCGAGCUCAUCUUCGCCGAGGAGGACGAUGAGAGGCGGCUGGACUUCUACGCGGAGCCCGGCGUCUCCUUCUACGUGCUGUGUCCCGGCGGAACCGACACUUUUCACGUGUGGAGCGAAAGUGAGGAUUGCCUACCGUUCUUACAGCUGGCUCAGGAUUACAUCUCAUCCUGCGGCAAGAAGACCCUGCUGGAGGUGCUACAAAAGGUCUUCACGUCCUUCAGGCCUCUGCUGGGGCUCCCUGACAUAGAAGACGAGACGUUUGAGCACUACCACGCCGACGUGGAGGGCGAGCCGGGGCCCGACCAUCAGCAGAUGGGGGUCAGCCAGCAGUGACGAGGAAAGAGGAGGAGGGAGGAAGCCGGCCAGCGAUCCUGGGGUGGGGGUGGGGGGGGCUCACUACGGACACACACACACACAUACAGAGGGCCAUAUUACAAGAAAAAAAAUGCACCGCGUUCUUGAAUGUUGCUUUGCUUUCUAAAGGCGCGCGCUCUGUUGCACUUGGUUGAACCCUGUCCCUUUCAGUCCCGCUGCAUAUAAACAAAACAGGGUUUACGUGACCUACGCCGACGCGCAACCAUCAUAAUCAUUCACCGUUUACGGUUAACCUUCCACCGCGCGGCAGCGGUUACGGCACGACUUCCGACUUCCCGGGAGGCGAAUGUGACCAUUAACCCACUUUCUGCGCUCGCCUUGCUACAACGCGCAAACGCCAGAGAGGAGGAUGGAGGAGUGAGAAAAAAAACACACACACACACACCGAGAUGAGGCGAAGCGUGGAGAUUUUUCCAUUGGCGAUCCAAAGUGAACCUCAAGUGUUUUGACUGCGAUUCUAAAAAGCGUGUUACGUGUUUGCUUAUCAGGAGAGUAUUUUGGGUUACAUCACCGUAAGAGAAAGGAUUUUUUUUCCUCCCCCUCUUUUGCCAUCUUGUGACUGUCACAACAAAAGGCCCUGUGCUGCAGUUGACGCGCUUCCUGGUUGCAGUGUCACAUGACACCCUCGUUUAUCUUUAUCUCUUAACUGUGGUCUUCCUAGUUGUUGCCUUGCCUCUCCCAGCACAAGCCGUUCACAUAACUUUCAAUUUAGCAUAGAUUAACCAUAUGCAGAUGCAAACGGCAGAAUAAAGUCUGUACAGGGGGAGUACAGUAUGCACAUUUUUGGUCCAGGAAAUAAGUUCUGGUGUCCUGUAAUCACAGGUACAUUAGUAGACAUUGUACACAGAGGCACAGAGAUGGACUCCAGUUGUACUCCCCAGAUUUUCCAAUGAAGUAAAUCUGAUUUCUGUUGUUAUUUACCGCCGAGAGCCAGCCUGCCGAUCACCACCUUCUUCACGGUUUCUCUUGAGCCUGUGUUAGUGUCAUCCUAGGCCUCUUCUGAUGUUCUUCAUGCAAUGUAUCUUUAAUGCGUUUGCCCCCUUGAGACGUGCGUGGGUGUGUGCAAUUGUUCCAAUAAAGCGUGUGAACCCAA